GAAAGCGAGUUGAGGGACGAGCUAUGGUUCAUCGAAUUCGGUCGGGGAGCUGCGCUGCCGCUGACCCCGGAGGAAGCACCAGCGGACGGGGAACCGGUCGUGCCCUGCGCCCAAGGUCGCGUCAUCAUCGAAACGGCGAGGCCGGCGCCACCACACUUCGCUACCUGUUCCACUUAUCGCAGACCGCUCCUCAGCCGCAUGUCAAACGAGGUGUCGAUCAGCGAUGGAACGAUACCAUCGUCGAGCGGCACCGACCAAAGUCAGCAAGAACAGGAACAACACCAGAAGAUCAGCGGCAAGGGCGCGAUCAGCAAGAGCAUGACGACGACGACGACGCCGCAAAGUCCAGCCGCGAGACCGGAUGAUCUCGGCGUGACACCCUGGUAUCUGGAAGAUCAUCCGACGACGGACACAUCGCCGAUGGGCGACCGGAGCUCGUAUCCCUUAUAUUCGCACGCCGAUGGCAAGCCGGAUCUCAAUUCGACGAGGAACAGUAGUAUCGAGGGCGAAUUGCCAAGGUCGGCGGCGCCCGUUCCCCGGCGAGCUUGCAUGGAUUUGAAGACCGCGAUGGCACUGCUAGAUGAAACCUGUCCAAACGUGGAACCAAGUCCGUCUCUCACUCCGAAAACACCCAGGACGCCACUUACACCGUACACAUCGCGUAGCAAGAGAGCCCGCUCUAAGAGCAGUGAUAACUCUUCCAAUUACAGUAACGAUCGGCUGAGCGAUCGCUCAUUCGAAACCCUCAAGGACAAAGAUAAGGAUAAGAAGAGACCAUUUUUGUGGAAGAUCGGCAUCUCCAAAACGGAGGAUCGGCCGUUCCUGGCGAAGCUGACGCCAGGAAGGAUUAUUGGCAAACCUUACUUGGAGAAGAUUGGGCCCAGCAAAGCCGUUGAAAGACCGUUCUUAAACAAGAUCGGCUCAUCCAAGACCUUGGAUAAAUUUAUCUUCGACACGCCGCGUAAUGAACGCAGAAACGAGAUUAAAAAUGAGAAAAAAAUAAACGACACGACAGUGAAAAAUCACACUGGGAUGAAGAAUGAUGUUAAGAGGCACGAUACCGAAGAAAUGAUCACUAUUAAAGAAAACAUCGAAAAUACUGUUCAGAAGGCAGUAGUCGUUACCUCUCAUUCAGAAGAGGUACAACGCAAGUCUUUAGAGACCUCGGCGACUCACGAAAGACGGCGUUCGGGUAAAGAAUUCCUGUUAAAGAUGUACUCCUUCGAAACAGAGGAUUUAGAAUCCAUCGUUCCAGCAAAGGAUACAUUAGACGACUCGUUCCAGGACAACGUAGUGAAUUCAGGUCCGAGCUCGUUACCGAUAGAAAAUAGCAGUGAACAGACGACGUCGAGGCCGGAAUUGGAGAAUCGGCCAACUAGCGUGACCGCCGAAUUGUUAAAAUGCCGAGUGACUACCAGCGAGGAGCUCAUAUCUUCAUCUAUUACGUGCCUGAAUUCGUCAAGCGAUGCCAAUAGCUGGAGCAAUUCGCCGCGAAGAGCGCAACGCGCAAAGAAAGGAUCGGCCUUGAUUCGUCGCAAGAUUUUUCAAGGUUCCAGCGAAAUCGUUCGUAGCGACGACAGCACGCCCAAUUCGCCCACCAAGAGGCCUAUGUCGAGCGUCUCUCCCGAUCGCGAGUUUCGAAACAACAUCUCGGAAAGAGGAAUUUUCUCUCCGACAAAGACCAGGAGAUCGAUCGUCGAGGAUACCAGGCAGAUAGAGAAUACGCGCAGAUCGAUCAAGUACAAUCAGUUCGAGAGACGAGGCAUCUCCUCGGAUAAUCUUCUGGCAAAGGACGCUCUCUCAUUUGUCACUGCCUCACAGACUAUAAUUGAUGACAUCGGGAGAACGCGAGAAAUUUCGUCGGAGGACUCAUUGGCGACCCGUCGAAGCGAGUAUACGAAGGAAACGUUCAAGCAACUGCAGGACAAGUUCAAGCUGCAGGAAAUACCUACGGAAAGUUAUGCGGCUUUCAAACGGCGCACUCGAGCUCAAGGCGCGUUGAGUCGACACAGACUGAAUCUGCUACCAGCGGAAUCUGACAUAAUCUUGAAGAGACCAUCCGACACGGGAGAUGUUGCAGCGGUUGAUACAAACACGAUCAAAACUGCCGAAGAGAAACAAGAUUGGAGUCAAAAAAGCACAAUGAGAUCGAUUCUGAGAAAGCAGCAAGAGAUCGAUCAUCUUAGCGAUCACGAAUCAGACACGAACACGUCCAUUAGACGACCGAAGAGACGAAUCUUUCACGAACCGUCGCAGGAGACCAUGGAUUUACUGACAGAACUACGCAAAGUGAAGAGCUUGCUAAAGACUCCGUCCUGGGAGAAGGAUUUGGACCUUGAUCAAAAACCAGUACAGAUGCCGAAGCGCAUUUUGUUGACGGAUAAGGAAUUUUGUCUCUCGGUGGAACGAGAGAACAGCAUACGACGACCAUCGAGAAUGAUCAAUUCGCUGGAGACCACGGAGGAGGGCAAGGUUACAUCGAAUCAUGAGAAUAAAGAAAACAAGGAAAAUCAAUCGAAUAGCGAGAAUCAAAAAUCGCCCGGACCAGCUCUGUUCGAGAAAAGAUGCCUAUCAUUGGAUUACGCCGAUGAGGAGAAGCCUCAGAAGCCGGAAGCACGAGCGAUUUCCUUGGCAUCUACGAGGGACCUGCCGUUCGAAGCCGAAGAGGCCGAUGACUAUCCCGAACUGACGCUAAUCUGCGAUUCGAAAAGCUGCUCCUCGGAUGUCUUCAAUUCCCCAUCCGAGGAGAUAGAUGGAAAAAUCGGCGAACUAAUAUCGGAGACGGAACAGCCAAAGAAGCCUAGCCAGAAUCACUACGCCGAGGUGGACAUCGCUAUUCCGACCGAUCGAAGGAUCAAUAAUUCCAAAGGCGAAGACGUUCAAGAGCGGACCAGCGAUCUCUACGAGAUUAUAUCCCCUCGAUCGACGCCAUUCCGCGUUAAGAAACGACUCGGAAAAAUUUCUGUUGAGGAGACCGUCAAGCCGGAAAAUUUCACCCUCGGUUCUAAGGUCGACUGCCGAUCGGUCGUUGGCCAGAAACGGACAAAAUGUGUCCCCUUAUAACGCACGUCGACCUGCCCGCGGGCGAGAUUCUCUCUGCGACGGCGUCAAUUGUUGUGCUCGUAUCGUGAGAAAUAUGGAUUCAGGUGCGCAAAUAACGCCUUAAUUACAUUUUACUUUAACCCUUUCGGUAUUGUGUACUAGAUACAAGUGAUUGAAUAUGUCGAAUACAAAUAGGGACUUUAAAAAGAUAUUAAACAUAAUUUUUUUUUCGGAGUUUUUAAUAAUUUUUAAUAUUUUUAAUGAAUUAUUUUUAAAAAAUGAAAUUUUAAACAAAAAAUUUGUUCUAUAUUUUUCACUUAUUCCUCUCGCAAUUUCUUCAAAUUUAUAAUAAAGGUUUUAUGAUAUUCUUUAGAAUUUAAAUGAGACGUGUUUAUCAUCAUACAUAUUGAUAAGAAAAAUUUUUUAAAUUGUUUAUUAAAUAAUUAUUAAAAAUUACCAUUACUAUAUAUAGAUAUUGAAAGGGUUAAAGAAAUCAAAUAAUGACGUAUAAUUACUAUUCUGUGUUCACCUUCUUUCGAUACGAGCGUGACAUUAUGUUGCUUCUAAGAUUAAACGAAUUGAUAAUUAAAACCUCGUCAAUAAAUCGCCUAGCCUAGAUAAAGAAAGUGUCGUGAUGUAUUCGCGUUGCAUGCGAAUAUUUUUCUGAUGGUGCUUAUCUUAAAAUGACUUUGUACAUUAAUGCUUUUAGUUAGUUAGUCAAAAUUAGCCGCGUAGAUUAACGGAAAUAGAGAUUUACUUAUACUCUUCGUAAAAACGGUAAUAAUAAUAGCAUUUGCUGAACACUUCGUUUAUCGAAAUUUUUCUUGCCACAUUUUUUGCGUAAUUUUUCGGACAAUGUUAUAUAAGAUACAAUAAAUAUGAAAAGAAUGAUAAAAAGUAAAAGUUGUGAAAGGAAAAAUUUAAAAGCACAGCGAUAAACGUUUAGCAAAUGCCAUUAUUUCACAUAAUAUAAAGCCAGAUUAUUGCGAUAGAUGAAUCGGGAUCACAGAAUAAUCUCUUUGAUCGAGAUGUUAUUAAUAUUAAUAUUCUAUUAGUCAAGUGGAACGAUGUCCUCUCGAAAGUAAAUAACAAACUUCGAUUAUACGACUUUCGGAUGACAGGGAGAAACAAAAAAUGAAGAAAGAAAAGAACAGUUUACCAGCUUUAUAAGCAAAAUCUGUCCAGUCUAGAGCCAUAAACCCCCGGAGUUUUCAACGCAACGAGUGCUUAUUGAAACGUGCGAGAGAGCUCCUACCGAAAUAUUCUAAAGCGCACCCCGACCAUUUUUUACUCGAUCUUUUCGAGAAAGCCCGCUGCGGCAACAAAGACUCUACACUCGCUGGUGCGCAAGAACGAAGGAUUUCCGGUGAAAAACCCUUCUGUUGAGCAGAGAGUGCCUUGUAUGUGGAUAUAUAUUAUUUAGACAAAAAAGGGAGAGGGAGAGAGAGAGAGGGGGAAGACAGUGAGAACGCAAAAAAAAUACGCAAAGAAGUCCUAAUCGAUGAUUUAAUUCCGACUGCGCGCCGGAUUUUCUGAAUGGGUCCACGGAGUCGCGUUCUCGUCGAACGACACAUCGCAAUUUUCUCCUUUUCUCCUUUUCUUACGAAAAAUGAUCCAUUCUCACAGAAUUGCAAGAAAGAAUCAGACGCAGCCUUCGGAUUUCUAUAUACAUAUGCGUAUGUGGAUAUGCGUGUGAUUAUUUUCUGACGAUCUAACGUAUCUUCGAUGACUCGCCUUUGAGAAAUAUCGACGAGAUUUAGAUCGGAAAAGGAUUAUAAAAAAAGAUAUUUCGGUGUGAGAUACGGGAAGAGAAUUCGGCGAAUUCGCGAGAAUGCGACUCCCACGCAGAUGCGUCCGCCUGCCACGCCUGCUCUUUGUUCGGCGCGGCAAAUAUAAUAACAUUUUAACGGCAUAAAACUUAUAUAAAUAAAUAAUACAAAUUUAAUUGCGUUCCUCUUAUAAUUUUCUAGCGAUAUAGAUAGGGUCGACAACGCACUAAAAUUGAUUAUGCGGAAAGUACAUUUAAAAAAAAUGUAGAUAGACAUAUAAACAUAUAAAUAUAUAUAGUAUAUAUAAAAUACAUACGUACUACGGUUAAUUUUUCGGUGAAAUAUUUGUGCAAUGCGGCAUACUCUCUUAAUAAUGUCGAUGCAGAUACAUUUUCACUCCAUAGAUAGUAAGUAUUGGUAUUUUCUCAAGUUGAUAGAGUACUCUAAUAACUAAUAAUGUUAAUACUUUCAUAAACAUUUAUAAUAAAAAGCGGAACCAACUCUUUCCUUUUCCCAUCAAGCAAAAAAAAAUGACACGUAUUUAUGCUUUCAACAAUUUUCUAAAAACCAGCCUAUAGAGCCCUAAGCUUUCUUAAAUAAUAAGAUCAACAUGUUUCAUCUCAUUGUCAAUCCGUGAAAUAUUAAACGCUUUCGAAAUUCGUCGAAAAUAUUUGAAAAAUAUUUAAAUGCAUCUGAACCGAUAUUACAUAAGGAAAUUGCGCACGCAUCUGGUAAAUAUUAGAGAUUAAAAUGCGAAUGUAUAUAUAUGUAUGCAUAUAUGCACGUGUGCAUUCCUAGCCAGAUGUAAUUAUACAAAUUCAAUAGUUGAUGAGAUGUGUGUGCCAAAGAAAAUACGAUUUAUUGUAUGUUAUGAAAUUACUUUUAUAUACACAUUACAUAUAUAUAUAUAUAUAUAUAUAUAUAUAUAUAUAUAUAUCUUUGUGUGGACGCGAGUGUGCGGACAAAAAGUGUACUCUGUAUGAAGGAGUGUAUGUUUGUGUAUGCGUCUCUCUGUGCGUUCGUUCUGCAUGUAGAAAUAAACGAGUGUAUGAAUUUAGUAUAUACGUGUUAUGGCUAGGAAUUUACCGUCUGUAUGUACCGACUUGGAUAUGUGGCACAAAUGUGCACGCAAGAAAGAUCACGAUUCGUUUCACUUCGGAAACUGAACUUUAUUUAAUUAAUUCGAAAUGAAAAUUGCGACUAUUAAUAUAUUCUUAUCGUGACUUGAUAUUUCUUUAUUUUAACGCAUUUAUAUUUUAUAUAAUAAACGUUUAGUAAUCCCUUCUUUCUACAUCUUGCUUUAAAUAUAACAAUAUUUUAUAAAAGAUAAAUUAUAUAAAUGUGCGUAUCAUUAAUUUAUGAUUCGUUUUCUAUAUUUUGUUUGCGCCUCUCCCUCUUUUCCCAUAUUUGUGAAAUGCAGUUUUGACUAUUUUAAUCUUCUAACUUUAAUUUUCUAAUUUUUGCUACAAUUUUUUAGGAGUAUCAGUAAAAUUUAUUUUUAUUAACAACAAUCGCAAGCAUUCAACUGCUCAUUGUCACUCGAGUCAAUAAUCGAAUUAAACGUAAAUCGUGAUCUUCCUUUAAUUGUAGACCGCAAUAGCGUUGUAUAUAUAGUAUUUUCGGCCGGUGCAAUCUAAGACACAUGGUAAGACAGGGUUCGCAUUGUAAUCUCGAAGGACAAAACUCGUCCAAAACUCUCCUCUUCUUUUACAUUUAAUAAAAAAAUUUACCGCGCGCGUAUACCGCGGCAGCCAUCCGUCCAUCCUUUCGGCUGUCCAUGGGAAAGAUGAAUGCAAAAGAUGCGCGAUUAUGGCAGUGUUGUAAUGUUCCGAUACGAAACUCUUUGGUUCUCGCGGGCGAGAUUUAGUAUUCAAAUGUACACAGCGUUUAUUAGUUGCUGUCGUUGCGAUUGUUAGAAAGUUAGAAGCAUAAUCAUGGCGCUCUAAAGCACAAGAAGAGAACUUCUUCCUUGUGGAUAACUUUUUCUUAAAAGUCUUGAUUAUUCAAACACGUUGUGUUUUAUUGUUGAUUCAAAAAUGUAAUAAUUGGAGAUAUAUUCUAUACAUAUAUACAUGUAUAACUUUGUUUCUAUAUGUAUGUAUAUACAUAUAAUUUUCUUUUAAUCGUGGUGGUAAAAAAGAAGCCGUUGACUUACGCAAAACGAUGUUUAAUUGAAAGUAUUAUUUAAUUGAAAGAAUCAAUAGACUAUGAAUGUAAAACAGAAAAAAAAAACAAUAGCAAUUUUGCCAAAAAACAGAAAAAGAAUUAAUUAAUACUUGAAUUAUAUUCUUGAAACUUUGUAAUCUGAAAUAUCACGCAUUGAAAUUAUUUUUGCGAAAGUACAUCCGCCUAUUUCUAAAGGAUUCAAUCUUCUCUUCUUGUUUAUUUUCUCCCCAAAAAAUAUAUUGAACUACGUUAUAGGUAAACAGCAAGAUAAUACAAUGGGGUUGUAAAUGUUAAUCAGUUUUUGUUUACGCGUCACGUUGAACGUGCCACGGUAUAAUACAUAUAUUGUAUAAUACACAAGCACAGGUACACACAUGAUAAAACAUGAUAUGAGUAUAUGGAUGUAGCUGUGUGAAUAUACGCGACAUAUAAGUAUUUCUAUAUGUGAUGGGCAUUUGCCACAUACAUGUCAAUAAAAUUCACAUUGUAAGAAGCCAUCAAAUUUGCCAUCACGAUAAACAUAAUAAAUCGAUGAAUACA